CCAAAUUCACAGCCUAUGUAGUCUUAAAAAGUCUUAAAUUUAACUGGUACAAACCAGUAGGAACCCUGUGUAACUAUAUAUGCAUUCAUGUGACUGAAUUUAUGGUAACAUGACCUGUGUGACCUAGUUGAAUUUAUCCUCAGUUUGCUGACUAGUGCUCUGAGAGUUGUUUGUAUUCCAGUGCUCCUCAUCGUCACACAUACUGACUAACAUAGUGAUCCCUUCAAGACAGGAGCCAGCUACCAGAGGGCUUGGAUCCAAGCCUGGGAUUCUGUUGGACCUUGAUCCACCAAUGGGCCUGAGAAUAGAUCCCAGGAUGACUGGAAUAGUUUCCACAAUGCAUGUAACGCAGAGGGAAACAACACAUAGCAAGACCUGCCCUGACCCCACUAUCAUAUCAGUGAAUCUCACAGUUCUGAGGUGGACGUUAAAAGAUGGUUUUUCACAGUAAUCUGUUUUGCAUGUUGUAUACUGUUGUAGUAUUUUCCUCUAGCAAACAAGGCUACAUUGCUUAAUGCUACAUGAACAGUAGCAUCAUCUUUAAUGAAUCAAUAAUAAUGAAUAUGGAGUAUAUAAAUGUACAGACAUCAUUAGGCAUUUUUCGCAGUGUAGGAAGAAGACGAGACUACAACAUCCAGCUGAUUGGUCAGAGGAGUGAAGAGGGUGGGGUAUAUAUUAUGACAUCUUAACAGGGGAGUAUAAAUAGGAUCUUGUGUACAUUCUGUUGUGGGGGCAAAGGGACGACUGACACCAAAGACAAACUUGCUGCUUAUUGGAAUCAAUAGAUUCCAACCUGGCACUGGGGUCUUCAUUCCCUUCAGUCUACACCUAAUGACCAGUAUGGAGAUCUCCAGGACAAAUGUCCUGCCAAUGACUGGUCUAAGGUCAAUGGCCCACUCUGCAGGACUUCUGGAGGUUGCUGUCAGACUGUGUUUAAACCAAAGUAAGCAGUUAUGUCCUCAUGUCUGGGUCCCCAUCCUGAAGCCCCAGCGCCCCUGUCUCCGUCCUCCAGUUUCAUACCCCUCCGACAUCUUGGACCAACCCUAUCUGACCCACCUCCUCCUGGAUGACUUUGAUGAUGAAGAUGAAAUCGUCCCAAUCAAGAACAAACGCGUGGUAUUUGCUGACUCAAAGGGUUUCUCUCUAACCGCCGUGAGAGUCUUUUCUGAUGAAGAGGAGCAGUCUGACCUCGACUUACUGCCAUCUCUCCAGGGUUUGGGAAUCCUGACAGAGGACAGCUACAGCUGCACCGUCAGUACCUACUGUCCAGGAACACAGCUUAAACUGGGCUUCCCACAGCCUUCUGCAGAUUUCCAGGCUUUUCGUGCCAGACUGGAAGAAAGCAUGGUCGUCCUAGAGAACUGCAGUGUCACUGAACAGGCCAUCCAAGGUACCGUCAGAGUCAGAAACAUCAGUUUUCAAAAGGAUGUGCAUGUACGCAUCACCUUCGACUCAUGGCAGAGCUACAAAGAUGUACCCUGUACGUAUCUGCAGAAACGCUUCGGAGGACCGCAGACAGACAUCUUUGAGUUUGACAUUGCUAUUCCUAAAGUGCUUGAUGCCAAAAGGAAAAUAGAAUUCUGUCUGUGUUAUUUACCAGGAGGGCACGCUCAACCCUUCUGGGACAAUAAUAAUGGGGAGAAUUACAGCAUUGUUGUGUGUGUGAACUCACAUCUCUGUCAAGGAAAAAAAUGCAAAUGAAAGGGCAUGACUUAUAUAUUUGUCAUAAAUA